UUGGGCAAAAAUUAAACGAUAUUAGGAGUGACAGGGGAGAGUUCAUGUGCAAAUCAAGGGUACUGCCAUGAGAAAUGGCGACUGUGCGUCAUAUGGAAGGCCAACGAGCAGCAUUUUUCCUGCAGAAAUGUACUCGAUAGUGCAUGUGCGUAGAGUUUAAUCCAAAGAGCCCCCCGCAGGGUCAUUUCGCAUUUUACCAACCAACCAACCACCACACGCGCACAGCCAAAGCCAUCCUCCUAAUCGUUUAUACCCUACCCGACUAACGACUAACCACCAUGGACGAAGACAUUAUGAAUGCUGUAGAAUCUCUUUUCGGUAAGGACGUGAAGAUUGUGGACUGCGAGACCUCGUCCUCCGUGCAGCAGGAGGAGGUGCUGCUGAUCAACGGCGUGCCUGUUAAGUUGGAUGGCAUCCCGGCGGACGAUGCGAGGGCCAUCAAGGCAGCGCUUCUCGAUGGCCAGAUGCCGUCGGUGGAGCAUCUGAACCAACUGUUGUUUCGCGCCGGCCUGGCUCAGCAGCCCAUCGAAGUGGAAACGUCGCUGACAGUCAAGUCUUCCCUAACGACCACCGAGGAGGUGCUGGUGUCUCGCAAUGGACAGAUCCUGGAUGAACGCACCGUGGAGACCAAGGAGCACUUCAAUCAUCAGUCGCAUCAAAAGGAAAUCUGGCAUCCCAUCAAACAGCACUCGGCUCUGGCUCGUGCCACUCCCGAAAACGCACUCAAAUAUGGAAUGAAUUCGAAUUCCACGCUGGCCUCACAGGCCACCGACUCUGACGACCGUCCGGCGAAUCCUCUGGGUCGUCAGCUGAAUGAAACCUUCUCGAAUGCUUCGCUGAUGUCCUCCAGCUCGGCCAUAACCGGGUCAGAUCAGGUGAUUGGCUCCGUUUCAUCCACCACAGUUGGCGACAAGAGCUCAAAUAUAAGCAGCUGCGACUCCGGCCAUGACGGUCUCUUCCACAGCGUCUCCAUGAGUGCGCCCUGGUCGCAUCCCCGCGACACUCUGACAGACUCCAUGUACUGUGACAUUCCCAGCUCUGCAGAUGAGGCAGAUGCAGUCUCUAUACUCAACACCCAUCUGCAAAUCACAGAGCCAUGCGACAUAGUUGCCGUUGAUUGCCAAACACCGCCAGCUUACGCCAAAGACAUGCCCAAGACCGGCAACCUGGACUCGCUGGUCAGCCUCCUGACCAACAGCCAGAACAAAGAAUUUGAGUUCACAUUUCUGGUUUGUGGCCGUCUGUUCCUGCAGCCGCAAGAGCUGCUUUUGCGUAUCGUAGACAAGUGCCAAUCCAGACAGGAUACGCUGCUCCGGCUGCUCAAGCAAUGGCUAAAAAUUUGCCCCAACGACUUUCGCAACGAGGCACUGCUCCAGGAGUUGGACAAGCAGGAAAAAGACGUGGCAUUGGCAGCCUUUCUAGACGAUAUUUCUCAGUCUCAGGACCAGCGGGAUGCAAGGGGACGCACACAACUGCAGUAUCUGCUGGCCAAGCAAUCGUCGGGCAGCUCUCUGGGACGACAAAGCAGUAUUAAGUCAUUGAAACGAUUCGCCGCCAACGUCUACAAGCUGGACAAUGUGCUCAACAAUUGCAGCAACCCCUUCGAAUUAGCCCACCAAUUGUAUGCCAUCGAGUAUGCCUAUUUAUCGCAAAUACGUCUAGAAGAAUUUGUGGAAAUGCUUGCCAAGGGCGAAAUGAAAACGUGCAUGUCGCAGACCAAGGCAGGCACCUUGGGCUCCAAUUGCAUCAGCCACGUAACCAUCGGCAGCUAUGUGCAGUGGUUUAAUCAGUUGAGCUAUCUGACUGCCACGGAAAUAAUAAAGCUUGGCAAGAAGUCCCAUCGUGCCCAAAUGAUUGACUUCUGGGUUGAGACCGCUCUGGAGUGCUUCAACACGGGCAACUUCAACAGCCUGAUGGCCAUUCUGACGGCCCUUAACUUGACUGCCAUAGCUCGUCUCAAGAAAACUUGGGCAAAAGUGCAGACGACUAAAUUCGAGGGCUUGGAACAUCAAAUGGAUCCCAGCUCGAACUUCCUCAACUAUCGGUCGACCAUGAAGGCAGCCGUCUGGCGCUCGGAGCGGGAGAUGGCCAACAAAAUCGAGCGUGCCAUCAUACCGUUCUUCUCGCUGUUCCUCAAGGACCUCCAUGCCAUAAACGAAAGCCACGAAACAAAAUUGGCCGACGGAACCAUUAACUUUGAGAAGUGUCGACUCUUUGGCACCCAAUUGAGCAACUUUUUCAAGUGGCAACGGCUGGACUGUCCCUACGAGCAGGUGGCAAACGUGGUGGCCUAUUUGCAGAAGGCGGAAGCCCUGUUGGAGAAUCUACUAAUGAAGGCCUCCUACGAAUGCGAGCCGCCGGACAAUGCCGAGGAGAAGGAUCAUUACAAAACGCUGAAAUCUACAAAGAAAUCGAACACCUAAUCAUUAACGACAAUCCGCGGGGAAAGACAGGAACCCGAAGACAAUGCAAUUGCCUCGCACAUCUUUUGUUGGCAUUUCCAUGU